AUGAGGAUUUGGCGCGUCGCUUAUAUAUGUAUAUACACGGAAUUUAAAAACCUCUUAAAUAUCAAUCGAUUUCAAAUUUCUUUCCAGAUUCAGAAAGGAACACGGAAGAGAGACAGAAUGAGGAAGCGAUUGAAGAGAACGAAGGGAAUUAGCAGUUGCACCUCUCCUCUUUGCACUGAUCGCUCUACUUUCAGUUGGUACGAGCAGGAUCUAUGGACAUACAUAGCUAGGUUUUUGGGCGGAAAAUCAUUGGUAAUGCUGGGAGUGACGAGUAAAUGGUUCAACAGCGUUAUCAUGCAAGACUGUAUAUGGAAGUUCGCAUGCUUGCGUGAUCUUCAGGUUCCAGAUACUGGCCAAGUGUCAUUCAGUUGGUCCAAACUCUAUGCUUCAGCUUUUGAUGGGAGUCACUCUUACAUGCUCCGCCAACAGGAGAAACAUAUUGACUGGAUGCGCAUUGGGGCGUUUUCAUUCGAUUCCGAAGUAGCAUUUUUGAGCGAAAGGAUGAGUCCACCUGUGAAAAUCCCGAAACAAGAAAUUAUAGAUGAUAUUUUGCAAUCGUGUGGGACAUGCCUGCUAAGGGAAGUCAAGACAGGAAUCUGGAUAGCUGAUUUACAGCUUGUUCGGUGCCCAGUGUGUGACCAAGAAAAAUGUGAAGGUACAAUGCAGAUGUUAGAUGCAAGGCACAUUGAGCUGUUCCUAAGCCAGGGUUACCAGGAUGGAAGUUGGGGCUAUGAACUUGUUGGAUCUCAUGAAAUCAAAAAGAGAGUACGAGGAGCUUAUGGGGCCAUUUUUGACUUCAAGUACCUUACAAGCAAGAUAACAGCGGGGGUCUUCAAUUAUAAGUCAUGGAUAGGAAAAGCCAAUGACUUUCAACCAAAAGCUAUAAUUGCUCUUCAUGCAGUUGCGGUCAACACCAAUUUACAAGAAAAUCAAGGAAUUCUAAUAAAGUACCAUACCAUGAGAGCUGGAGCUCAAGGAGAAGUUGUUUCAAUUAGAAUCUCUCAGCAGCUCCUAUGACAUUGCUUGAACACCACACGAUGUCGCAGAAGUUCUGUUUCUCUCUCGAAGGCCGUUGUGAUGCCUUUCAAA